UGUCAUAUAAAAGCCUUUCUUUCAUCAUUCUUCCAAUUAUUGAUGAGAGAGAGAAAAUUAGGUUUCCAAUCUGAUCUCCGAGUUUUGAAUUUAUGGCUAGUAAUAAUAAUAAUAGUUUCUGUAGAGGUUACUUAGCAUUUCAUCUAAAAAUCUUGAAUUUCUUUCAAACGUUUCUUGGAGUAUCAAUUGUAUUAUAUUCUGUAUGGAUGUUAAAUCGAUGGAAUCAACAUACUCAUGAUAUUAAACCAACACCACCACCUUUAGCUCCCUCUCCUCAAUCAUCAUCAUCAUCAUCGUUAUUUUCGGUGAAUUCUGAGAAUGUAGAUAUUAUCAGGGCUCAAUUUAUUGAUAACAAUUUGAAUUUGGAUUUUGGAGCUGGUAUUGUUUCUGGGUUUGAUGGUGAUGUUUCAAUUGGAUUCAAGAAGAUUCUUAUGCCAUGGUUCAUCUACACCACUAUGGGAAUUGGGAUUUUGUUAUGCUCAGUUACUUUCAUUGGCCUCAUUGCUGCGGAAUCAGUCAAUGGCUGCUGUUUAUGUUUUUACUCCUUGCUCAAUAUGGUGCUCAUAUUACUAGAAGCAAUUAUGGUGGCUUUUUUUGUACUUGAUAAACGAUGGGAUAAGGAUCUUCCGCGUGAUUCGACCGGAGAACUUGAUAGUCUUCGAUCGUUUAUUGAAGAUAAUACCGAUGUAUGCAAGUGGCUUGGAGUAGCUGUGGUUAUAACUCAGGCCUUGUCGUUGCUACUGUCACUAGUUCUACGAGCAAUGGUCUCUACUAGGGAUCCGGACGACUAUGAAAGCGAUGAUGAUUAUGUAGCUAUUAGAGGUAGAACAUUUGAACCACUGCUAAGUCGGCAACGAAGCCACAACUCUGGUUCCACUUCGACCGACACCAAAGUAACCCAUCCUGACAUUUGGAGCAAUCGAAUUAGAGAGAAGUAUGGUUUGCAUGGAGGGAGGUGAAGUAUAAUUUGUUGGAUAUGAACCCAACUGUUAAGUUCAAUGACUCGAAGUGAAGAUCGACAUAAAUGCUCAUUUUGUAUGCUGUAUGAGAUAAAAUGUGUUUGAGCUUGUCCCUUAAAGAACGGUAAGCACAUUGUACAUAGGUGGUGCCCAAUUUGGGCUGUUGGUUGGGGUGGGAAUAGUUACUUGUUCUUUUUAAUCAAUUUUUUUUUUCUAAU